UCCAUCACUUCUGGUUUAUGUUGCUCAGUCUCCGGUCGGUCUCUUCUGCUUCAAGACGGGUUUGGACGAUGGCUCUCGACGUGCAGCGUUUCCCGCUGACCCUGCUGCUGCUUCUGGGUGCAAACGUGCUCGUCAUCACUUAUGCUCAAGAGGUACAAAGAGAACUCAACAUCAACAACAUCACCACGGCUCCUGUGUCCGAGACAUGGACCGGCAGGUCCUGCAAGUGCGACUGCGACGGAGGAGAAACCCCGACUGAGUUUUCCUCUGUGGGCUCUUCCACGGUGCGAGGAGUGGAUUGUAUGCCAGAGUGUCCGUACCACAAGCCUCUAGGAUUUGAGGCUGGAUCAGUGAUUCCUGACCAGAUCACCUGCUCCAACCAGGACCAGUACACUGGCUGGUUUUCCUCAUGGCUCCCAAACAAGGCCCGACUAAACGCUCAAGGAUUUGGGUGUGCUUGGCUGUCAAAGUUCCAGGACAACAGUCAGUGGCUGCAGAUCGACCUGCGCGAGGUGAUGAUUGUGUCAGGAAUUCUCACUCAGGGCCGCUGCGACGGCGACGAGUGGAUCACCAAGUACAGCGUUCAGUAUCGCACGGACGAGAACCUCAACUGGAUCUACUACAAAGACCAGACUGGAAACAACAGGGUGUUUUAUGGAAACUCCGACCGCUCCUCGUCUGUGCAGAACCUCCUGCGGCCUCCCAUCGUGGCGCGCUACAUUCGCAUCCUCCCCCUCGGAUGGCACACGCGCAUCGCUCUGCGCCUGGAGCUGCUUCUCUGCAUGAACAGAUGCAGCUGAGCGUCUCCUCCUGGCCAUGACCCAAAACCUGACCUUUCACCCCACUCAACCCAAAAAAACCCAAUCGUCAAAUUGUACAACCUGAUAUCACGUCCACGGAUUUGGGAAACAAAAGAUUAAAACCACAAUGCAUCCUA